AUGGCGGCGGCGGCAGCGGGAGCCGGCGGCGAGGGGGGCGCGGGCCUGGGCGGCGCGGCGGGGCCCGAGCCGGAGUCGGGGCCGCGCGGGCCGGACCCCUCCGCCGAGGCGCGCAACGACGCCCGGGGCCCGGCGCCCGCCGCGCUGCACCCGGAGGAGGUCGCCGCGCGGCUGCAGCGGAUGCGCCGGGAGCUGAGCAACCGCAGAAAAAUCCUGGUGAAAAACCUGCCCCAGGACAGCAACUGCCAGGAAGUUCAUGAUUUAUUACAAGACUAUGAGUUAAAGUAUUGUUAUGUGGACAGAAAUAAGCGAACAGCUUUUGUUACAUUAUUGAAUGGAGAACAAGCCCAGAAUGCAAUUCAGAUGUUUCAUCAAUAUUCAUUUCGAGGAAAAGACUUAAUAGUCCAGCUCCAGCCAACAGAUGCUUUGCUAUGUAUUACCAACUUGCCCACUUCUUUUACAUUAGAAGAGUUUGAAGAACUUGUUCGUGCUUAUGGAAAUGUCGAGAGAUGUUUUCUGGUCUACAGUGAAGUUACUGGCCAUUCCAAAGGCUAUGGAUUUGUGGAAUACAUGAAAAAGGACUUUGCUGCAAAGGCUAGAUUGGAGCUAUUGGGUAAACAGUUGGGAGCAUCAGCUGUCUUUGCACAGUGGAUGGAUGUUAAUCUCUUGGCCGCAGAGCUCAUUCAUUCUAAGUGCCUUUGUAUAGAUAAACUCCCUAGUGACUACAGGGAUUCAGAGGAGCUGUUGCAGUUUUUUUCCAGUAUCCAUAAACCUGUGUUUUGCCAGCUUGCACAGGAUGAAGGUAGUUAUGUUGGUGGCUUUGCGGUGGUUGAAUAUAGCACUGCAGAGCACGCUGAAGAGGUUCAACAAGCAGCUGAUGGUAUGACCAUCAAGGGAAGCAAAGUUCAAGUUUCCUUCUGUGCCCCGGGAGCACCAGGGCGAAGUACAUUAGCGGCAUUGAUAGCAGCUCAACGCGUGAUGCACAGUAAUCAAAAGGGCUUACUUCCAGAGCCAAAUCCAGUGCAAAUUAUGAAAAGUUUAAACAACCCUGCCAUGUUACAAGUUCUUCUACAACCCCAGCUCUGCGGGCGAACUGUUAAACCAGCAGUUCUUGGAACACCUCACAGCUUGCCACAUCUGAUGAAUCCAUCCAUCUCCCCUGCAUUUUUACAUUUGAAUAAAGCACAUCAGAGCUCACUUAUGGGUAAUACUUCUAAUUUAUUUCUUCAGAAUCUUUCUCAUGUACCACUGGCACAGCAACAAUUAAUGAAGUUUGAGAAUAUUCAUACUAAUAAUAAACCAGGCUUACUUGGAGAACCCCCAGCUAUGGUACUUCAAGCUGCAGUAGGGAUAGGGUCACCGCUUCCAUUGAAAACAGAGUUGGGCCAUCUUGGAGAAACACAUAAAACAUCUAAUUUGAUUCCACCUCAGACAACUAUAACAGCUGGCAUGGGCAUGUUACCAUUCCUUCCAAAUCAGCACAUUGCUGGACAAGCUGGGCCAGGGCACGGGAACACUCAGGAGAAACAGCCAGCCUUGGUGGGGAUGGCAGAAGGAAAUUUCUCAGGGUCACAGGCUUAUCUUCAGAGCUUUCCAAACCUUACUGCUGGAGGCUUGCUCACGGGACAUCAUAAACAACAACAAAGUCAGCCAAAAGGCCUGGAGAUAAGUUCAGGGGCUGCCUCUAAGAAUCAGACUUCACUCUUGGGAGAACCACCGAAAGAAAUUCGGCUCAGUAAAAAUCCAUACUUGAACUUAGCAAGUGUGUUGCCCAGUGUGUGCUUAUCACCCCCUGCAAGUAAAAUCACUCUACAGAAGACUGGAAUUGCAAGCAACAUUCUGGAUGCAAUCUCUCAGGGAAAUGAAUCGCAACACACGUUGGAGAAGUGCAUUGCUUACUCUCAACCUUUUGGUGAUUAUGCCCAGGUAUCAUCUUUAAGAAAUGAAAAGCGAGGCUCAUCAUAUCUCGUCUCUGCCCCAGAAGGUGGUUCAGUGGAAUUUGUUGACCAGCAUUCUCAGGGCACAGGAGCAUAUUACAUGGAAACCUACUUAAAAAAGAAGCGAGUGUACUGAGUUAAGUUCUCUCCUUACAAACUCAAGGUUCUUUGCAGUAUCUCUGCUGUUCAUUGCUGCCUUAACUACAUUCAAACUAGCCAUAUCCUUUAAAUACGGGUUUAUAAUUUCCCAGAAGGAACUGUGUUGUGCAGCAGGCAGAAUUGCCAAAUUAAAAAAAUAAGUAGCAAUAAGAAGAGACAUCAAUUGAGGACAUAUUCCGCUAGAAUUAGAUGCAUCUUAAUCAGUGUGAUAUUAACUUACAGUCCAUUGGAGAAAUUAACAUGUUCCAAUAGUCCUUGUUUAGGACUGGGAAUAAUUUUGACACCACAUAUAAAAGUUUGAAGCAAUAAAUGGGAAACAUCCUUGUUUCCUGGGCCUUAGAAUAAAUUUCUUUUCUUUUUUUUUUUUUUGCGGUACGCGGGCCUCUCACUGUUGUGGCCUCUCCCGUUGCGGAGCACAGGCUCCGGACGUGCAGGCUCAGCGGCCGUGGCUCACAGGCCUAGCCGCUCCGUGGCACGUGGGACCUUCCCAGACGGGGCACGAACCCGUGUCCCCUGCAUCAGCAGGCGGACUCUCAACCACUGUGUGCCACCAGGGAAGCCCCAGAAUAAAUUUCUUAUAAGCCAGUGUGCAUUCCAGUUUAUCGAUACUUUCCCUAGAAGUAAUCUCAUUUCAGAUUUUUAGAAUUUUUCCUAGAAUUACAAGAAUGCAAGUACACAAUGCAGUGAUUGGUAAUGUUAUAAAGAUGCUCUACAUAUAAACUUAAUUAUUACCCCCACACCAGUCAUACAGUAUAAAACUCAAACACAGUGACAGUGACAUCCAAGGUAUACACUACUACAGAUGCUUUACUCUUAAUGUUAUUAACCAUUUAUACCUCUUGUGAAAAACACAAGGUUGUUUUUUCUUUUGAAGUAGCUUUGCUGAUCUAAUUUCAGGGACUGGCAAACUACUCCCUGCAGUCAAAAAACAGUCCUCCAGCUGUUUUUGUACUGCCUGCAAGCUAAGAAUGAUAUUUUUUACAUUUUUAAAUGUUUGGAGGAAAAAAAUGUAUGACUUGAAAUUCAAAUUUCAGUGUCCAUACAUAAAAUUUUAUCGGAACACAACCAUGCUCAUUCACUUACAUAUCAUGUAUGGCUAACUUCUGUGCUACAGUGGCAGAACUGAGUGGCUGCAAAGCCUAAAAUAUUUACUAUCUGGCCCUUUAUAAAGUUCACAGACUCCUGAUCUAAUACCAUUAAUUCCCUAAUCCUUUUACUUCACACCUACAAAAAGACCUUUAACUUUUACAACAGAUUUGUAAGUGGCAAGGAACAAUAGGUUUCUGUGUCUUAAUUUCAUAGCAUAGUGAUGAUUCAUUUACUAGAACAGGGCACAUUUUGGUCAUCAGAUGCCCUAUUAUUUCCACAAUAUAGUAAAGCAGUCAAUCCUGCCCUUUCUGAAGGAGUGUUAUGGAGUAACAGUAUUUAUAACCAUUUUGAGAUAAUAAGCUAUACCUCACUCUCUGCUUUGUCUAUUAUUCUUUUUCAGUGUGUUAGGCUGAAAAAUUAUCAGCUGUUUAACCCAAUUUACUUUCGAAAGAAUUGUGUUUAUUGCAUAUAACUUUUGAAUCACCAUUUCCUGAAGACCUUGGUAUUAAAUGCAUGAGAAACCCUUUUGCUAUCUAGAAAUUUCUAAGUUUGUCCUUUGUUAUGAGACAUUAAUUGAUGAUGUGGAGUUUAGGGGGUCUCAGUGAUCCUAGUCUUUUUGAAAUAAGAUCAUUAAAUAUCUUAUAUUUAGGGGACUUAUUGACUAUGAUAGAAGGUUUCUCUCCUGUUUUAAUUAUGAAGUUUAAAAUUGGUACACAUGUUGUAUGAUUUGUAAAGAAUUUUACUUGGUCUAAUGUAUUGCCUAUGUUAACUUCUAUUGGCAAAUGACAGCUAGAAAGUUAAAUUAUUAGAUAAUUUCUAAUAAGUAAGUAUACUACCUAUAAAUAACUGAUCAGGAUAGGCAUCACUCAAUUGUGACUCAGCAGAUGAAUCAUGGGUUCUCCAUGCUCUGCACUUCUUCCCAUUUUCCUGUUGCAUUGAGCUUCUUCAGUGCUUUGUCACACCUCUAUGACCGUACAAAUAGAAGGGAAGAUGGUGAAUUUUAAAAAUGUAAGCAGGAAGAGGUUGAAAGAACUAAAAGGUAUUUUGUGUUAGCAAGUGUGGGUCUGCCACCCACACUGGCCUGUGCCCCGUUAUUGCUGGGACACAACAGAUAAGUACAAAUCAAGUGGUGUUAGUAAUAAGGAUCAUUACCAGUGCUCUCCCCACCCCCAGCCUAUACUGUUAUUUUUCUAUGUAAACAAAUUGUUUGAAAUGCUUUGAAAAUGAACUCUUAAUAUUAAAAGGCACAUGCAUGUGAA